AAAUAGCAAACGGCAAUCCAAGUGCAUUCAAGCUGGAGUCUCCAACGACGUCAACCCUCAACUAGACCCGGAUCUUUGGCUAUAUGCAGUACAUGGUACUGUAAAGACUUGCUACGAAUCAGGACUUUUCUUUUCAAGCAGUAAAACAAGCAGCAGUGAUGGAGGAUUCAGCAGUAAUUGAUCAGCAGCCCACCAACUCCGCGUACGAGCACCACCACCAUAUCGCCCAGGUAGCUCCGACCCCGUGCUAUGACGAUCUGUUCCCGGCUCUGCCGGAGAGCGCCCCGCCGCGCUUCAACAACCAAACUAUCCUGCCGGCAACGCAGAACAUGCGCGUCGGCAGCUCGGUUGUGACCCAGGUCUUCAUCGUACCGUCCGGUGAACGCAAGUACGACUCGGAUAAGUUUGGAGAGGGCGAAUCGUUGCGCACCUGUCAGAACAUCAUGAAGGAAACCAACGCCCAUAUCGAGAUCUCGAGUGGCAAGGAUCAAUCGUUGACCUUCCUGGUGACUGGUAAGCCGAACGAGGUGAUCGAAGCCCGCCGCAAGAUUCUGGUACACUUCCAGACGCAGGCUAGCAAGUCGAUCAGCAUCCCGCGGGAGCACCACCGCUGGAUCCUCGGCAAGAAGGGUGAGAGGUUGCGCGAACUGGAGAAGAUCACCGCAACGAAGAUCAUCGUACCACGCAUUACCGAUGGCUCGGAUAUUAUUACGAUCUCCGGUACCAAGGAGGGCAUCGAGAAGGCCGAGCAUGAGAUUCGUAUCACCUCGGAUGAGCAAUCGCGCAAGGCGUUCGAACGGGUUAACAUCCCGAAGAUCUAUCAUCCGUUUAUUAUGGGGCCGCAUAACGAAAAUGUCAACAAGAUGAUGGACGAAACCGGUGCAAAGAUCAACAUUCCGCCACCGUCAGUGCAGAAGGACGAAAUUAUCAUCACUGGCGAGAAGGAGGGAGUGCUCCAGGCGAAGACCCGCAUCGAAGCCAUCUGCAAGGAAAUGGAGAAAAAGUGCACCAGCGUUGGCGUUGAGGUUCCACGUGCUCAGCACAAGUAUAUUGUUGGACCAAAAGGUGCUACCAUCCAGGAGAUUUUGGCGAUGACUGGUGUUUCUGUGGAAAUGCCAGCUAGCGAUGCCCCGAACGAUACCAUCACUCUGCGUGGCCCGCAGGAUAAGCUCGGAAACGCUCUGAGCGUCGUGUACCAGAAGGCGAACUCUGUUCGCACUACGACGCUGGAGUGUCCCCAGUGGAUUCACAAGUACAUCAUUGGACGCGAGGGCGGUCAUAUCAAGGAAUUUACCGCUCAGUAUCCGAAUGUGCAUGUCGAAUUUAAUGAGGAUAGAAUCAAGAUCGAAGGUCCUCCAGAGCAGGUGGAAGCUUCCUCGGAGGCACUGGAGAAAAUAGUCAAUGGGCUAACCGAGCGUCUCACCUUUACGGAGAUGGUGGUGGAUCCGAUUUAUUGUAAGCAUAUUAUCGGUAAAAAUGGGUCCAACAUCAACCGUAUGAAGGAUGAGUACGAGGUGCUGAUCAACAUCGACGAAAAAGACCUGAAGCCGAUCCGUAUCGAGGGACCGGCCGAUGGCGUUGAGAGAGCAAAGCAGGAGCUGCUUGAUAAGAUAGCGAAACUGGAAAAUGAAAAGGAAGAGUCUAUCGUAAUUGACCAUCGUCUGUUCAAGACGAUCAUCGGUGCGAAAGGCGAAACGAUUCGAGAGAUCCGCGACAAGCAUAACCAAGUGCAGAUCGUCUUCCCCGGGCCGAACGACAAGUCGGACAUUGUUAAGAUUCGUGGACCUCGUGAGGAUGUGGACAAGUGUCACAAGUAUCUGACCAAAUAUGUUAAGGAGCUGCAGAAGAGCUCUUUCGUGAUGGAGGUUCCGAUCUUUAAGCAGUUCCAUAAGUACAUCAUUGGCAAGGGUGGUGCCAAUAUCAAAAAGAUCCGGGAUGAGACUCAGACAAAGAUUGAUCUCCCGGCGGAGGGUGAUAAGAAUGAGAUGAUUGUUAUCACUGGCAAGAAGGAGAACGUGAAGGAAGCCCGCGAUCGGAUUCAGAAGAUUCAGGAAGAACUUGCUAACAUUAUCACCGAGGAGAUUCAGAUUCCUCCGAAGUACUACAAUUCGCUGAUCGGUUCGGGUGGUAAGCUGAUUUCGUCGAUCAUGGAGGAAUGCGGUGGUGUUUCGAUCAAGUUCCCUAGUCCGGAAUCCAAGAGCGACCUGGUGGCUAUUCGUGGUCCGAAGGAGGAUGUCGAGCGUGCCAAGCAGCAGUUGGUGGAGUUGACCAACGAGAAGGAGCUGUCGUCCUACACGGCGGAGGUACGUGCCAAACCGCAGCACCACAAGUUCCUGAUUGGUAAGAAUGGCGCUUCCAUUAAGAAGAUUCGUGACCUGACUGGGGCCAGGAUUAUUUUCCCAGGAAACGAUGAGGAGGACAAAGAGGUGAUUACCAUCAUCGGGAAAAAGGAAGGCGUCGAAGAGGCCAAGAUUCAGUUACAGGCGAUUAUUAAGAAUAUUGAUAAUAUUGUUGAGGACGAGAUCAGCGUGGAGCCGAGACAUCACAAACAUUUUGUGGCUCGUCGUGGCGAGGUGCUGCAUCGAAUUUCGGAAGAAUGUGGUGGGGUUAUGAUUUCGUUCCCCCGCUCGGGAAUCGAUAGCGACCGAGUGACGUUGAAGGGUGCCAAGGACUGCAUUGAGGCAGCGAAGGCUAGAAUCCUGGAGAUAGUUGAAGAUUUGGUGCAAAUGGUUACGAUCGAGUGCAUUAUCGAUGCUCGUCAUCAUCGUAUCGUAAUGGGUAGGGCCGGAUCAAAGGUACAGGCCGUAACGGCGGAGUAUGAAGUGAGCAUCAAGUUUCCGGACCGGGAGAUGCAGGAUGCGUAUGUUGAGGAACAGCAAAAUGGAGAUGUUAAUGGUAUGGAACCCAUUAGAUCGUCGGACAUUAUUAGAAUCAGUGGUCGUAAGGACAAGUGCGAAAAAGCGAAGGAAGCUUUGCUGGCACUGAUUCCAGUUACGGAAGAAAUUAAUGUACCGUUUGAUUUGCAUCGUUCCUUGAUCGGACAGAAGGGACGUGAUGUCAGAGAGCUGAUGAAUACCUACGAUGUGCACAUCGAACUGUCCCCACAGGAUCAGAGGUUGGAUGUCAUUAAGGUGACCGGUGCGAAGACAUGUAUCGAAGAGGCGAAGCUUGCCAUUGCCAAGCGAAUUGAGGAGCUGGAAGCGGAUCGUAAGGAUCGUGAACUGCGUUCGUAUGAGGUCAAGGUUGAAAUCGAUCCGGAGUACCAUCCGAAAAUUAUUGGCCGUCGUGGUGCUGUUGUCAACAAAAUUCGUGGCGCCCACAAUGUGCAGAUUUCAUUUCCUAAGCAGGAUGACCCCAUCAACAACGUUAUCACCAUUCAAGGUUACGAGGCUAACGCUCUCGCAGCCCGGGAUGAGAUUUUGGGUAUCGUAGGUCAAUUGAGCUCUAUGUACCGCGAAGAGGUUUCGAUUGACGAACGCGUUCACCGUCGUUUCAUUGGUUUCAAGGGACGUCGCGUGCGCGAGAUUAAGGAACAGUUCAAGGUGGAACUGAACUUCCCGCGUUUAGAAGACAAGGAUCAGUCAGUCAUUGUCAUCAUCGGGUCCAAUCGGGACGAUGUGGAAGCUUGUCGCGAUCAUUUGCUCAACUUGGAGGAAGAAUUUUUGCAGGAUGUAGUCACGGCUGUGCCAUCGCAGCAGACUACCUUCACGCAGAUACUGGAGGAUUCGAUGAGCAACAAUCGGGAGCGCCCGAAGCACGGUUUUGUCGUGUCCGGGGCCCCAUGGCAACGCAAGACUCCGAACACUCAGUCGCAGGAAGAUUUCCCCGACUUUGGACUGGGGGCAGCCCCAGCCGAACCGGCUCCGAAAGCUUCGAUUUCUUCCGCUUGGAAUGCACGCCACUAAUAAGCAUGCUGGACAGGUGGCUUCCGCAAUUUAAUACAUAUAGGUUAGUUGUUAGAUGACAGAGAUAAAUGAAAAAAACCGAGUGAGUCAAGGAGAGAUCAGAGAGCAGACUAAGUCCCUUCCCCCCUCCCAUCUGGUUGUAAUUGACGCCGGUUUCGUAUUCCAAAUUGUGACCAUUGUACGUACGUAAGGGGAAACAUUUGGAUUAGCAUUUUUUAUCUCUCGCUCUCAAGCUCUGAAGACACUCUGCAUAUAUUUGUAUGUAUCCAAACAGCCUCAAGAAAAUCUACAUCGUGUGAAACAUCUUUACGAAACUAAGACAAAUAUUAUUGUUUAUCUUAUUUUUUUUUUUUUUGGUUUAAUGUUUUUGUUUUGUUUUGUGACCAGAAACUGAACUGCGGGAAUACAAGAUUAGUGCAAGUUGUACAUAAAACAAAAACAGACACCAGGGAGUUUUGAUUUUAGAAACUAGAAAGAACGCAAAAUCCGCAGCAAAAGUUAAAAACAAAACUUAUAUACUAGCUAGGCUUUCUACAUUUGUUCUUCGAUGUGAACAAUUUCAGCAUGCAGUACAAUGUUCGGUUAUUUUAAACAAAGUUAAUAGAUAUUAUUCCGAGAGCAACCAAAAUGAAAGAAAAAUCUAACCUAAAGUGCUCGAAAUGCAUGACAAAUAUUUUCAAACCUUAAUUUUUCGGUUCGGCUGACAAUGGUGCUAUCAGGAAUAGACAAUGGUUUUUGAGAUGGAUCCUCAAACUGAUUCGAAUGGUAUGGGUAAAUAAUUAUGUUCGGGUCCUUGAUGGUCAUGGAACGAAUAAACCGUCACGACAGGCAAUGAAAAUUAGGAUCUACCUUGAUCACUGCUUUAUUGGAACAUGUUUUUUUUUGUAGAUUCUGAAUAUAAUAUUAUAAUCCUGAAGGGACCUUUAAGGUAGUUGAAACAAAAAUACUCUCGCACACUAUGGGCUGAAUGAGUACUUGUACUAGUCUCAGCAUUGAAUUCAGGAAAGAUGAAUUAUAAUGAAAAAGGUGUCUGUUUAACCGUUGGUGUUUUGUGAACGAUCGGAAAUCUUGUUUCUGGCGCAGAUACGUACAGAAAAAAAAUAAAUUCAUAUGAAGCAUUUACUGUUUUCGGCUUGUCUUGAACGCUGGUGUUCUAAUAGAUUGUUUUUUAUUUUGAUUUGUAAACUAACAAUAAAAUAAAUAGAUUAAUUAGGUAUUGCGCCUUUUUCAUACUAAAACUAAAAAAUCACGAUUUAGAAGAAAAAUUCCGCUAUGUUAAAAUGGACUAUGCUUGGUACACUGUUUACACCAACACAACGCUAGCGGAAACUACUGAGAUUUGGCUGAUGCAGCAGACCGGCCAGCCUUUAUCGUAUUGUCAUCACCAAACAACCAGGCACUCUGGAGUUUGUGGAACAGAAUGACAAAGCGCAAACGCCUGUGCUGCACCAGCCAAAUCGCGACUUGAUUCCUUUCUCACUGCUGCUGCUGUUAAAAAAAAAAACAAACAAACAACAUUGGUUUAAGAAAAUAACAUCAUUCAUUGAACCAUUCGACUUAAAAAUAUGAUUGACCCCCCAACGCUCAUCGUCUUAACGGAUAUUCGAAAGGAAUUGUGGAAAACCUUAAAAAAGUUUCAAACCUACAGACUUUUUUGUGUUUGUGUUUUUAGUAGGAGAAUAGUUAUUUGGAAAAAAAGAUGUCAAAAAACAAAAGAGAAGGAGAAAACCUAUUGAUUUAAAAAUAGAGUGAAACUAAUAUAUUGAAAUAAAAAAUUAGAGUGUAAUAAUUACACUAUUGUAUGCAUACACUUUUUAAAAAAACAAAGCAGGCGGCAUGUUACAACAGAAGCGAACUGAGAAAAGAAGCAAUCUUUUUCAAACAUGGUAAGAAAAAUGUGUACCAAAAAGCACACAUACACAAGUUUGCUGCUCAAUCUGCGAAUAGCGCUCUCGGGUCUUGAAACCCGGGCGAACAUUGUCAGUCACUCACUACUCACUAGUGUAUGUAGUAGCAUUAUGGAACCAGAAAUCGGGAAGGUGAAGAAAACAGACAAAAUGCAAAAUAAAGUGGAUCAAGUUAAAUAAAUAAAAAAAAUCAGAUUGGUUAGGUUUGUUCUGUUUGUUUAAAUGUAUAAAAAGGAAACAAAAAAAAGUAAUAAAGCGAAGCAAAACCGACACAAAAGUGCAAAACCAGAAACUGUAGAACUCCUUGGUUGAUUUUGCAAUUUUUACAGUAACAAGCAAAACAAACUUUAUAUAUUUUUUGAUAAUCAAGUAUAGUGAAUAUAUGAAACUUUAAUAAUAGAAUUAUUUUUUUCUAUUGUUUUAAAAUAAUAAUAUACAACUAGUUUGAAAUCCUACUGAAAGUAAAUGGGUGAAUCAUGAGACCAUUGUGUGUGCGUAUCAAAUUAGUAGACAGACAUGAAAAACAAGCUCUAGAAACGAGACAUAACGUGGAGGAACAAUAAACGUUGUGGAACGAAUGUGAAGAAGAAGAAAAAAACAGUCACUAAAGACGAUUUAAAUUAUACACUCAAUCUACUAAUAAUAAUUAUUAUUAUAAACGAUAUACUAAUUGAGGCGAAGAACAGCAAGCAACUUACCUUUUUUUUUUGUAGGAUUGGAAAAGGGGACAUGAGAAAUAUCUAAAUUCAGUAACAGAGCAGGAGAAGUUAAUGAAUUAAAUAAGUGGAAACUAUUAACCUUUUUGCUGUGUAACGUCAAAGAAGAGGUGAAAUAAACUUAUUACAUUUUCCGUAAUUGUUUAAAAA